UGAUUAUCCCCGUAAUUCUGCUCCACCGCUCGUAAACAACGCUGUCCUGUUACACACAAAUGACUCAAGCGUGAUCCCACAGCCCAUGUGGCGGGCUGCGACGGGACUACUCUGGAUAUCUUUUGACUUUCUGUUGUCUUUUUUUUGUUUUGUGAACUGUGACUGAACGAAGGCAGCUAAACAGUUACUGCUACCUGCAUCAUAGCCUCAAUCUUUACUCCAGGGUGGAUCGAUUUACCCUCUGCAGAUGGACAACACAGGAGUGACAAAAGGAAUCGUGAUCAAAGAUGACUGGCCUGGAUACAGUCUGGAUCUCUUCACGUACCCUGAACACUACCAUGAAGACAUAGAGAGUGUUUACAUUCCACAUGGCGUUAUCAUGAACAGGAUAGAGCGUAUGGCCAAAUACAUCAUGGAUGACUUUGGAAACAGCAACAUCAUGGUGCUGUGCGUCCUGAAGGGAGGCUACAAGUUCUGUGCAGACCUGGUGGAGUUCAUUAAGGUGCUUGGUCGAAACUCCAACAAGUACCUGGAAACCAGGGUGGAGUUCAUCCGUCUCAAGAGCUACCUGAAUGACCAAUCAACAGAGGAGCUGCACAUCAUAGGAAGCCAAGAUCUGUCUUUCCUGCGAGGGAAGAGUGUGCUCAUCGUUGAGGCCAUACUGGACACAGGAAAGACCAUGAAGGCCCUUCUGAAGCAUGUGGAGACCUUUGAACCCAAGAUGGUCAAGGUCGCAGGUCUGUUGGUGAAGAGGGUCCCUAACAUGGCAGAAAGUUUGACAGACUAUGUUGGAUUUGAAAUCCCAAACCGCUUCGUGGUCGGUUAUGCCCUGGACUACAAUGAAUACUUUCGAGACCUGAAUCAUAUCUGUGUCAUCAGCAAGACUGGGAAGAUGAAGUACAAGGUUUGAGGAGAAUUAAAACCUUAAGUAAUCCAUCUGCAGCAGAAAACUGUUCAUCUACCUUAUUCAACAAUAAGUCAUGGAGCAGUUUUGCACUAUUUUGCUAAAAUAAGCCAAGUUUUUUAGAAGAAAAAAAACAUAUUUGUAUUUAUAUUUGUAUGUCUUGAGAUUUUUUAGGGUUUUGAAUAACUACAAAAUACUUCAUUUAAAAGCUUGACAGUGUCAUCAUAUAAUGUCUUUAUAUUAAAAAAUAAUACUAAAGCAUA